CUCUGUGCACCUGAAUACUAGAUUCGGAUAUUCUUCUCUUUUUUCUUUUCUUGUAUUUUUGUUUUUUGUUUUUGUUUUGAGACAGAGUCCUGCUCUGUCGCCCAGGCUGGAGUGCAGUGGCGUGAUCUCAGCUCACUGCAACCUCUGCCUCCUGGGUUCAUGCGAUUCUCCUUCCUAAUCCUCCCAAAUAGCUGAGAUUACAGGCCUGCGCCCCCACACCCAGCUAAUCGUUGUAUUUUUAGUAGAGACUGGGUUUCACCAUCUUGGCCAGGACAGUCUCCAACUCCUGACCCGCCUCGGCCUCCCAAAGAGCUGGGAUUCCAGGCGUCAGCCACCGUGCCUGGCCGAGCGCGACUUCUGAUUGGCCGAAACCUUGACGUCUUUGUUCCAGCCCCACCCGUUGCCACGAUACCAGUUUUGGCACAUGCGCAGUAGGGUGUCCCUUGAAUGGGCGGUUUUGAAGAGGUGGAGCACUGGCCCCUACUUCUGAAAUUGAUCCGGCUGCAAACGAAAAGACGCUGGGAAUGGUAGUUUCCGGCCUCAGCCUGCGCAGGCGCACUGUCCUACGCGGCAUUGGCGCGCAAGCACCUUAUCCCAAGCUGCCUGGUGCCUCCCACAGUAUCUGAAAGUCCGCGGGAACCAGGGUCCAAUGUCUGGGCCCCUCUAUUUCUGGGCCCCUCUAUAUCUGCUCCCUCCCGUCCUCUUUUUCUCGACUCCUCGCCUGCGCUGGGAGCCGGCUCCAGUCUCCCGGGGGGACGUGGCCAGACGACGGAGCUCUGGUUGCCAUGGCGACUCUCCUCCUGGUGAGCGCGACGUCACCGUCAUGUGUGCGCUGGCCGGGGACGUGGCUACUCCAGACAGGGUCUUGCUCUGUUGCCCAGGCUGGCACCAUCACAGCUCACUGCAGACUUACCUUCAAUUGAUCCUCCCACCUGAGCUUCACAGGCAGCGACCGCGCAGGCGCGUUCCGGGGCCCGCCGGAGGGAGGGAAGGCCUGGCUGACUCGCAGGUUCCGCCUGGACUCACGGACCUCGCUGACCCGACCGGAGCAGGGGACCAUGGCCCCUUCUGUGACAGGAGUCUUUGGGGAAAGCAUCUGUCUCUCUGGACCACAACCGACCCCUUUUCUGCUGUGGUCUCCUACUCCAGCUCUUCAGGCCCUGGCCUGGACCUUUUUACCGGAGGUGUACGCCCAGGACCCAGCAAUGGCCAACAGGACCCUGAUGGCCGCCGGCCAGGAAUCAGUGACCUUCAAGGAUGUGGCUGUAGACUUCACCCUGGAGGAGUGGGGCUGGCUGGAGCCUGGCCAGAGGGAGCUGUACCGAGAUGUGAUGCUAGAGAACUACCGGAACCUCCUCUCCCUAGGAGCGGGGCUUCCUGGGUCCAAACCCGACGUGAUCUCCCGUCUGGAGCGAGGGGAAGAGCCGAGGCCAGAGGAGAGAGAGGCCCAGCAAGUUACCUGUCCGGGUUUACACUGCCACUUCCAAGUAAUCAGCUUACUUUGUCCUGGGACAGAUGGUAUUGGUAUUUUCCAUUUCUUUCAGACGUGGAGAUGAGCUCUGUGACUUUUGGAAACACACCUCCAAAAAAGAGCAUUUUUGAAGAUUCAGCUUCCCCACCUGAAGGAACUUUAAGGGCUGUGCUUGGAGAUGCUAAGUUGGGGAAACCCAUGGCAUGUCAGUGUCCAUUGAAGGACCCAAGAAAGCAGGAGAGGCACUUGAGGUGUUUAGUUGCUACUCCCAGGGGAGAUACCUCAGGGGAGAGAGGCCUUGGCUGUGACGAGCUUGGGAGAAGCCUCCGGCAGGCCUCUGCCCUCAUCAGGAAGCAACGGGUGCCCCGUGGAGACAGGCCCCGGAAGUGGGGCGGGCCCUGGAGGAGCUCGAAACGCCAAAGGACCUUCGUGGAGAAGAAACCAUUUAACUGCACGGAAUGCGGGAAAGCUUUCAUUUACCAUUCCGACUAUAUUCUGCAUCAGCGAAUUCACACUGGAGAGAAGCCCUACAAGUGCCAUGACUGUGGGAAGGCAUUCAGCAACAGCUCAUAUUUCAUUCAGCACCACAUCAUCCACACAGGUGAGAAGCCCUACGCCUGCCACGAGUGCGGCAAGACCUUCACUCAGAGCUCUUCACUCACCGAGCAUCAGAGGAUUCACACUGGAGAGAAGCCCUACAAGUGCAAGGACUGUGGGAAGGCCUUCACGCAGAGCUCGUCCCUCAUCAAACACCAGCGGUGCCACACUGGGGAGAAGCCCUACAAAUGCAGCCAGUGUGGGAAGUUCUACUCACAGGUCUCCCACCUCACCCGCCACCAGAAAAUCCACACGGGGGAGAAGCCCUACAAAUGUGCAGAGUGCGGCAAGGCCUUCUGUCACACCUCCUCCCUGACCCAACACCAGACCAUCCACACUGGGGAGAAACCCUACAAAUGCAACGAGUGUGGGAAAACCUUCAGCCACAGCUCAUCCCUGACCCAGCACCAGCGAGUCCACACUGGAGAGAAACCCUACGAGUGCACUGAGUGCGGCAAAGCCUUCAGCCACAGCUCGUCCCUGACCCAGCAUCAGAGAAUUCACACUGGUGAGAAGCCCUAUGAGUGUCACGAGUGUGGGAAGGCUUACACACAGAUUUCCCACCUCAUGAGGCACCAGAGCACUCAUGUAGGGGAAAAGCCCUACAUAUGUAAUGAAUGCGGGAAGACUUUCAGCCACACCUCAUCCUUCACCCAACACCAGACCAUCCACACUGGUGAGAAGCCUUACAAAUGUACCGAGUGUGGGAAAACCUUCAGCCAGAACUCCUCCCUCACACGCCACCAGAGGAUUCACACAGGGGAGAAGCCCUAUGAAUGUAAAAUGUGUGGGAAAGCCUAUACCCAGAUCUCCCACCUCAUUCAACACGAGAGGGUUCACACCGGAGAGAGGCCCUAUGAGUGCAGCGAGUGUGGGAAAACCUUCAGCCGGAGCACGCACCUCAUUGAGCACCAGAAGAUCCACACUGGCGAGAAGCCCUAUAAGUGUCAGGAGUGUGGGAAAACCUUCAGUCACAACUCAUCCCUCACUCAACAUCAGAGAAUUCACACGGGCGAGAAGCCCUAUGCCUGCAAGGAAUGUGGGAAGGCCUUCAACCAGAGCAUUCACUUAAUCCAACACCAAAGGAUUCACACUGGAGAGAAGCCCUACAAGUGUCAUGACUGUGGGAAAACCUAUACCCAGAUCUCACACCUUCUCCAACAUCAGAAGGUCCACACUGGCAGCAAACGCUAUGCAUGUGAGGAAUAUGGAGAGGGUUUCAGCUGGAGUUCACACCUGACUCAACACCGGAGGCUUCACACUGGGCAGGAUGCCUAUAUCUGUGAUGAUUUUGAGAAAGCCUUUGCUUGGGGAACAGAGCUUGCUGAUCAUCAGAGAACGCAUGCUGAUUAGACAACCUGAGUGUGUCCUGCAGAAGGUCCCACCAUCAUCAAUACUAGGAACCUCAGGAAAAAUUUUGCCUUCAGGAACAGAUGGAUCCAGGGGCAUAAAUAGCCUUUAAGCCAUCUGCUCUUCAUCAACACUAGGGACUCCCCAGAGAAGGAUGCUAGUGCCAUAUGUUGAGAUAAUUCCCUCUUCCCUAGAGGGAAGGUGGCACAGUUUUUCACUAACUGGGACAGGUUCUGAUCAUUCUGAAGGGUUUCCCUUUCAUAUUUCCUCCACUUUACCAUGUCCCUAGAUUGUGGUAUAGUUAGGGGUUGGUCCAAAAUGGAUACUAUUUAAUCUGGUACCUUUACUAAGAACAGCUCUCUCCAUGCUUUUAAAACUGAUUGAUCUUUCCUUAAAUUGGAGCCUGAAUAUUUAGUGGGGGAAGACAGCUGUAAAGAUUAUCUCUUUAACAUUUUCAGUUUCCUUUAAAACUUUAAGUUACAAAAUCACAAUCUGCAGUUGGCUUCAACAAUAAAUAUGUUUCAUAUAAAUAUGACUAUAUAUAUAAAUAUGUUUCACAUAUUUAUAUGUGUUCUUAAUGUCCUGUUGUUUCUGUUUAUUAUGUUUCCUGAAUCUAUGCUUUACAAAGCUAUUCUUUUCUUUUCUUUCUUUUUUUUUUUAGACAUAGUCUUGCUCUGUUAUCCAGGCUGGAAUGCAUCUUAUUUUUUACUUUCUGUUUUUUCUUUUCGUUUUUGAGACAGAGUCUUGCUCUGUUACCCAGGCUGCAGUGCAGUGAUGUGAUCUCAGUUCACUACAAUCUCCACCUCUUGGGUUCAAGCAGUUCUCCUGCAUUAGCCUCCCAAGAAGCUGGGAUUACAGGCACCUGCCACCAGGCCCAGCUAAUUUUUGUAUUUUUAGUAGAGCUAGGGUUUCACCAUGCUGGCCAGGCUGGCCUCAAACUUCUAGCCUGGUGAUCCUCCUGCCUUGGCCUCCCAAAGUGUUGGGAUUCCAGGUGUGACCACCAUGCUUGGCCUACAUAGCUAUUGGUCUAUUAAGUGUCAUGUUCUUAAACAUCCUUGUUUGUUCACGCCCAAGGGGAGAUUUUUUUAAAUCAUAUUUUUAAAAUACAAUAUAAUUUUGUAUUUAAUAAUUAUAUUUUUAUGACAGGAAAAAUUUUAGUUAAAUAUAUGCCCUUCAUAAAGGAUAAUUUGGAAAGUAUAAAGAAGUAUGAAAUAAAAGACAAAUUCCCUGUAAUCCUGCAGUCCAGAGAGAUUUGCCAGUCAUUCUUGGGUGUGUUUCUUUGUUGGGGUUUUUUGUUUCUUGUUUUUGAGACAGAGUCUCACUCUGUCACCCAGGCUGGAGUGCAGCAAUGCUAUCUCGGCUCACUGCAACCUCUGCUGCCUGGGUUCAAGUGAUUCUCCUGCCUCAGCCUCCUGAGUAGCUUGGAUUACAGGCACCUGCUACUGCACCCAGCUACUUUUUGUAGUUUUAGUAGAGACAGGGUUUCACCAUCUUAGGCAGGCUGGUCUUGAACUCCUAACCUCGUGAUCCACCCGCUUCAGCCUCCCCAAGUGCUGGGAUUACAGGCAUCAGCCACCGAGCCUGGCCUCUUUAUGAUUAUUAUUUUUUAAAUCUAUAUCCCAUAUCCACAGGUUUAGUUGUCAGAAAUUUGGGGUCGAAAAAACAAAAGCCAUCACUGACAAUUUAGCCAUCCUUAGAAGUCAUAUUGUUAUUUUUUAUAUUUCCUUCCAAAUAUUUUAAACAAAUAUAAGUUUAUCGUCAUCAAAACACAAUGUAGGCACAGUUUUGCCAUCAUGCCGUGAGCACUGUCAUUGUCCCAUAUACUUUUAUCAUUAUUAAGGAUAAGGAUAUGCUAUUGACAAGGCGUAACUUACAAAUCCACUUGCAUUUAGAUUCCUCUUUAAGCUUCUGACUCACACGAGUUGUUCACCAAUUAUCCCAAUUAAAAAUAAUGUUGGAUUUUUUUUUCUAAAAUUGUUUAUAUUCUCACCUAAUACACUCAGAACAAAUAAUGUUAUAAUGAAAUUUCCAUGCUCACUUCCUCUCUCCCUUUGAGGUGAUUAUCCCUCAAAGUAAAAUUCCCAGAAUGGCAAUGAUGGGAAUCAAGGCUUCAGCCACUUUCCUGAUUCCUCAUACAUAUUGCUAUACUGCUCUCCAAAGUGCUACACUUAACCUACCUGCCAUAGCUGGGUGUGAGGACCAUGGAUGCGUUACGUUUUUGUUUAUUUUUUUUUGUUUUUUUUUGAGACGGAGUUUCGCUCUUGUUACCCAGGCUGGAGUGCAAUGGCGCGAUCUCGGCUCACCGCAACCUCCGCCUCCUGGGUUCAGGCAAUUCUCCUUCCUCAGCCUCCUGAGUAGCUGGGAUUACAGGCACACGCCACCAUGCCCAGCUAAUUUUUUGCAUUUUCAGUAGAGACGGGGUUUCACCAAAUUGACCAGGAUGGUCUCGAUCUCUUGACCUCGUGAUCCACCUGCCUCGGCCUCCCAAAGUGCUGGGAUUACAGGCUUGAGCCACCGCGCCCAGCCGCGUUACGUUUUUAUAGCAAUGGGUGUCAACUAUUUAACAUAUCAUUCAGUAACUUUCAACAACCUGAUGUUUUACAUCUUCAUGUAGUUUAUGUUUAUUCAGCCAACAUAUUAUCCAUUCCCUGUUGGAUGUUUUGGUUGUUUCUAGCUUUUGGCUUUUACAUAUGUAGUAUGGAACAUCCCUUUGAUGAAAGGGAUGAGCACCUUACCAUUUCCCAGGCGAAAUCCUGGCAGUGAGGUCAUGGGGUCACAGGGAGAGAUUUCUGUGACCUCGAGCAUGUUGCCAAUGGGUUGCCAGAAGUUCUUUAUCAGCUGGAACUUCUGUCAGUAUAUGGAGCUGUGUCUUACUAGCCCUCGUCUGUGCUAUUAUCAUGUUUUAAAGUCUUUGCCUAGGGUAUUUCUCUUUUGUGCCUUCUUUCAUAAUUGAAGUAACAUUCUUUGUGAAUAAUUCAGAUGAUACAAAAAUGAAGAAAUCUUUUAUGCUCUGUAAAUCUUUGUUCCGGGCUGGGUGUGGUGGUUCAUGCCUGUAAUCCUAGUACUUUAGGAGGCCAAAGCGGGUGGAUCACCUGACGUCAGGAUUUCGAGACCAGCCUGGCCAACAUGGUGAAACUCAUCUCUACUAAAAAUAAAAAUAAUUAGCCUGGGCCAGGCGCUGUGGCUCAUGCCUGUAAUCCCAGCACUUUGGGAGGCCAAGGUGGGUGGAUCACAAGGUUAGGAAUUCAAGACCAGCUUGGCCAACAUGGUAAAACCCCAGCUCUACUAAAAACACAAAAAUUAGCUGAGCGUGGUGGCAUGCACCUGUAAUCCCAGCUACUUGGGAGGCUGAGGCAGCAGAAUUGCUUGAACCAGGACCCGGGAGGCAGGGAUUGCAGUGAGCUGAGAUCACGCCACUGCACUCCAGUCUGGGCUGCAGAAUGAGACUCCAUCUCAAAAUAAUAAUAAUAAUAAUAAUAAUAAUAAUUAGCCCAGUGUGGUGGGGCAUGCCUUAAUCUCAGCUACUUGGGAGGCUGAGGUAGGAGAAUCACUUGAACCCAGGAGGCAGAGGUUGUAGUGAGUCAAGGUCGCACAAUUGCACCCCAGCCUGGACAACAAAACUGAAGUCAUCUCAAAAAAAAAAAACUUCAUUCCAAAUAUAGUGUUUCUGUAAAUAUGAAUCUCCCUUUCUGUUUUUAUGAAACUGAUUAUAUAUGUGUGUAUAUAUAUAUAUUCACAUUUGUAUGGCAUAAUCACAUGCAAACAUAAUUUUAAGAAGUUACUCAUUUGAUGGAAUGUGGAUACUUUCACAAAUAAUGCAAAAUAUAUACAUUGUACAUAUUACACAAAAAUAUAUAUAUACACAUAGGUAUCUUCAUUUUUCACAGCUGCAUAAUAUUUCAUGCUAGGGCUUCUUUAAUUUGUUUAACCAAUCCCUAUUAAUGGACAUUUAACUUGUUUCCAUUUUCUUUUCCAUCAUUGGAUAUUUAUUAUUUAACAUACGUACAAAAUGAAUUCCUACAAGUAUACUUGUGGGAUCAUAGAACAUUUACAUUUAAAUUUUUCAUGGUUAUUGCUAAAUAGUCCUCCAAAAGGGGUGAAACAAUUUACACGACUCCUGGAAGUGUACAUGAGUGCCUAUUUCUCUGUUCCUUUACUUCUUUCUCCAAUACUUGGUAUUAGUCAUUUUUUGAAGCAACUUUAAUCUGAUAGGUAAAAAUAUCCUUGGUCAUAAGAUUGAUGAUCUUAUUUUGAGAUUAAUGAUCUUUUUAUGCAUUUAUUCAUGUUUCGUAUUCUGUGAAUUGCCUAUUUAUGUAUUUUGCCCAUUUUUAAUUGGGCAACCUUUUUAUAUUGAGUUAUAAUUGCAAGUCCUAUGUGUUGUUUUGGUUUGGUUUGUUUGCAAGUCCUUAUAUAUACCAUGUAUAUUAACACUUUGGUAUAUAAGUGAGUAAUAUUUCGCCCAGUUAUUUCUCUUUCAAUUUUAUGUUUGUUAUAUAGAGUUAUUAAAUUUUUAGGUAUUUAAA